GGCGCUGGCAGCAGGGAGAUGUAGACCUCAUUAACCUCUGUGUCCAAAUGUCGGCCUCCUCGAGGGGCCUCCAGAUUGAGGAUGCCAUCAUGGGAGAGGGCAGCUCGGACCCUCCAGGGGUCCACGUCAGCAGGCAGGACAUAGGUGCGGCAGAACUCUCUGGAGAUGAAGCCGUGGCGGUCUAGGCGCUGGGGAUGCCGGGCAGACACCUCCAGGAGGUUAUCCACAGUCCUUACGGUCACCUCAUCCGGGCUCAGUGAGUACUGGGUAUGUGUCACACUGCCAAAUCCCCAAUCACAAGUCUCCAUGAACUGGCGGUGAGCGGGGAUAAUAAAACCCCUGACAUCACCAUUCCAGAAGCUUCACAAGACUGUAUAAAUAAGAGGCGGGCUGUAGCUUGCCAUUGAAGGAGCUGACCAGCCAGCUGAAACCCUACAUUCACCUAAACCACCAUGGACAUCGCCAUCCACCACCCCUGGAUCCGCCGCCCUUUCUUUUCUUUCCACUCUCCCAGCCGCCUCUUCGACCAGUUCUUCGGGGAGCACCUGUUGGAAUCUGACCUCUUCCCAACUUCUACUUCCCUGAGCCCCUUCUACCUUCGGCCACCCUCCUUCCUGCGGACACCGAGCUGGAUCGACACUGGACUCUCAGAGAUGCGUAUGGAGAAGGACAGGUUCUCUGUCAACCUGGAUGUGAAGCACUUUUCUCCAGAGGAACUCAAGGUCAAGGUGCUGGGAGAUGUGAUUGAGGUGCAUGGCAAGCAUGAAGAGCGCCAGGUAUGAACACGCUUU